GCGCCUCGGCCCUUUGGAGCUUAACUCGAGCGGCGCUGCUGAUGCCGGGUUGGGGGGUGGAGCGAACACGCUUAGCCCGAGUCUGUCGUUUGCAGAAUCGGAGCAGGGCUUGCUUGAGCCGCGCUCGUCCUGCCGCAGAGACGCGCCGGGCACGGAGGCUGGGACAGGCCGGGCCGCGCGGACGCCCAGCUCAGGACCUCGGGCCCCUGCCCGCCUGGAGGAGAGCAUGGAAGAGCAGGACGAGAAGCCGCCAGGGUCCCUGAGGGCCUGUGCGCAGGACUCCCUCCUUCCUCAAGAGAUUAUCAUCAAGGUCGAGGGAGAAGAUGCUGCGCCGCUGGCCAUCCCAUUCCAGGAAGGCGUGAACUUCAAGAUUGUGACUGUGGGCUUCACGCAGGAGGACGAGGGCAUUUUGAACCCUGCUCCGAAGACCCUGGACAGAGAUGUGAUCCUGGAGAACCACAGGGACCUGGUCUCUUGGGACUUGGCAGCCGCCCUUGGAAGAAGAGAAUCAACCUCAGAGCAGAACACGGAUGAUGAGCCGUCCCAGGGAGUGAAGAUAGAAGAGUUGACAAGAGAUGAUCCUUGGUUCUCUUCCUGUGGAGAAGUUCAGGAUUAUAAGGACCAGUUGGAGAAACAACAGGAAAAACAGGAGAGACUUUUGAAGGAAGGGGCCUUCACUCAAAGGAAAGCUGUUUCUCAUGAGAGAGUCUGCAAAGGUGAUGAACUUGAGAAGGGGGGUCUGAAUUCCAGUCUUCUUCCACCCCAGAUGAUACCCGUAAGAAACCAUUUUCAUAAACAUGCUUCACAUGUUAACAAGUUGCGUCAUAAUUGUCUCAUCAACAGUCAUCGGAUGGUUGAUGACAGUGAGAAACUGCUUGAGAAUAAUGGAUGUGGAAAACCUCAGAGCUUUCGCCUUAUUCAGUUUACAAGAACUCAACCGGAAGAUAAGUCCUAUGGACUUAGUGACGGCAUUCAGUCUUUUAGCCUUGGUACGCCCCUAAAUAUACGUGAGAAAAUAGGUGCAAGAGGAAAAGCCUUUGAUUUUAAGGAACGUGGGCACGUUUUGAAGCACAGCCUAUCCCACAAUGAACGACAGAGAAUCUCUGUUCAAGAGAGUCAGUGCAAAUUUAGUAAAACCUCCCAGAGUUCAUCCCUUGCCCAAAACGUGAGAAAUCAUUCUGAAGAGAAACCCUUUGAAUGUAACCAAUGUGGGAAAUCCUUCAGCUGGAGCUCUCAUCUCAUUGCCCAUCAGAGGACUCACACAGGGGAGAAACCCUAUGAGUGUAACGAAUGUGGGAAAUCCUUCAGCCGGAGCUCUCACCUCGUUUCCCACCAGAGAACUCAUACUGGAGAGAAACCUUAUAGAUGUAAUCAGUGUGGGAAAUCCUUUAGCCAGAGCUAUGUCCUUGUCGUGCAUCAGCGAACCCAUACUGGAGAGAAGCCUUACGAAUGCAGUCAGUGUGGAAAGUCAUUUAGGCAGAGCUACAAGCUUAUCGCCCAUCAGAGAACUCAUACUGGAGAGAAGCCCUAUGAAUGCAAUCAGUGUGGGAAAUCCUUUAUUCAGAGCUAUAAACUUAUUGCGCAUCAGAGAAUUCAUACUGGAGAAAAACCCUACGAGUGCCAUCAGUGUGGAAAGUCCUUCAGUCAGAGUUAUAAACUUGUCGCCCAUCAGAGAACCCACACAGGAGAAAAGCCCUUCGAAUGCAAUCAGUGUGGGAAAUCCUUCAGCUGGAGCUCUCAACUGGUUGCCCAUCAAAGAACUCACACUGGAGAGAAGCCCUAUGAAUGUAGCGAGUGUGGGAAAUCUUUCAACCGCAGUUCUCACCUCGUCAUGCACCAGAGAACGCACACUGGAGAAAAACCCUACGAGUGUAAUCAGUGUGGGAAGUCCUUCAGCCAGAGUUACGUUCUGGUCGUGCAUCAGAGGACUCACACUGGAGAGAAGCCGUACGAGUGCGGUCAGUGUGGGAAAUCCUUCAGGCAGAGCUCAUGCCUUACUCAGCAUCAGAGAACUCACACUGGAGAGAAACCCUACGAGUGUAAUCAGUGCGGGAAAACGUUCAGCUUGAGUGCUCGGCUCAUUGUCCAUCAAAGGACUCAUACUGGAGAGAAACCCUUCACAUGCGGUCAUUGUGGGAAAGCUUUUAUUAACAGCUCUAAACUUAUUAGGCAUCAGGCAACUCAUACAGAAGAGAGACCCUAUGAAUGUAGCUAGUUUGGAAACCUUGCCACCGAAGUUUCUUUUCUUUCCUUUUUUCUUCUUUCUCUUUCAGGGGAAUCCAUUUGUUGGGAAGAGCUGGUGUAAGAACAGGGUGUGUGGAAAAGCUUUCAGUUCAUCCUCUAUUAUUGUGUAUCUGGAAAUUUGUUCUGGAGAAGAAAGGAAUGGAAACGAUGAAUCACGUAUUUUACUUAGCAAUUCCGUAUUCAAAAUCAAACUUAGCCCUUAUGAUGUAUUUCCACAAAAGUAGUAGGUAUUGGCACUUUUCCUUGCAGAAAACACUCAGACCCAAAUCUGGGAGAAUUGCCAUUAAGUGGGCAAUAUGCUGUGGAAUGAGUGUGAGCGAAGUAGGGUUCUUUUCCAAUAAAGAGUUGAUGAGACGGCCAGCACGGCUGGGCUUGUUGAGAGGGUUGUAGUUAAUAGCACUUACGCUGGAAAACAGUUUUUCUGUGUAUCAUUUUACCACGCAAUUUCCCCAGUAGCUGCUUUGUAAUCUGUUUCAUACAGCACUUUCUCUUAUUGUGAAGAUUUUAUAAAAAUUAGGAAAAUGGCUAAGGUAUGAAGUGAAAAAUACAGGACAAGAAAAUACAACAUUCAUUUCUAGAACCACUGUGAUAAGAUAUUUGUGUAUGGAUCAGGAUCAAAAGGAAUUCUGGGUGUAUCUGUUUGAUUUUUAAGUUUAUGCCUGGUUUUCUCUUUUUUGGAUUCUAUGCUAUUUUGCUAUAAUAAAAGAUUUGAUGAGUAAAAAUGAGUCAAAGACACAGAUACACAAAAACAGAGUUUUUCAUCUCUUUUGUCUAACCAUUUAGGAAGGACUGGGUGGCCAGAUAGCAAAGAUUCCUCAGCACUCUGAGAUUGCCGUUUGGAUCAGCACAAGCAGAUCAUCUGUAGUACUUAGAGCCCAGGGAUAGUCUCCAUUGAAAAUAAAAUACUUGCCUAGGAAUGUGGACCUGGAAGUUUAGGCCAGAAAGGGUUCUGUAUGGGGUUCAGAAUGCAUGGGCAGUAUAGUGGGCAUUUUCUUCAUAUAUACAGAACAGUAUAAAGGAGUUCUAUCUUUGAGGGAUUUUUUCUCCUCUCACGUAGUAUUGUCUUUUUUGUUCUGGGAUAUAUUCCCUAAUGUGAGUUCUGAGUGGCAAUCACUCCCCUGGCUAAGUGCUCAUCACCUAAAUUGACCUUGCAAGAAUGUUUUUGGAGAGGCGAGAUUGAAAGCUACUGGUUUUUUUAGAUUUAGUUUACAUAUCUUUCUGGUCUUUGUCCCUAAAUCCUGUAUUCUAAUCUUGUGGAUUUUCACGGACCUGAAACCUCUGAUCCCAGAGCGUUAAUGAAAAAUAAGAGGAGAGGAUAGAAAGAGAGAGAGAAAGCUAAAGUGACAUUUGAUAAGGGUUUCCCUUAGUAAAACUCUGUCCCCACGAGAUGACCCUAAGUGGAGCUGUCUCUGUGAGGAUUAAGCCAGAGAGUGCAGCACACCUGGCCAUGACUGGAGUUCUGGGGGAACAAGUGUUGAUGACUGGAGGACUGGCUCCCCAUCCCAAGAGCAUCUUCAGUCCAUGAAGGUCCUGAGGGAGAAACAGCAAGGGUUUUCCAUAUGUUGCCUUAUGGGGAGGACAUAAAAUUGUGAAAAAUCCUAAUUUAGCAAGAGGACCUGAAAAGGCUUCUUUUCCCCAAAGUUUUAGAUACAACCAGUGUCCAGUUCUGGGUCCAAGUGGAUGAUCUUCCCCGGGUGUGUUGACUCUUACUUUUUAGGCAGGAGCCACCAUUGUACAAAUGAGAAUAAAGCCAAUGGGGCUAAGAAGGAAGGCUCUGAAGAUUUCAGGUUUGGGAAGUGAUUUAUUGAGAGCUCUUCAAUAAAUGUUAAAAGUACUUCGUUGAAAAUGUGCACUUGGUAAAACUGCAAACAAUUUUUGAAGUGAGUGUAAGUAAUUGUGUGUGUGUGUGUUUCUGGCCAGGUUGAAAAUGUGGAUCAUCUGUGCACACUAAGUCAUAAGUGUUAUAUCAGUUUCUAGGUGGUGAUUUAUGGUUGCCAGAUGUUUUGAAGAUAGAUUCAGUAAAUAAAAAUGUUGAUUUUUAUCAUCUGCUCAAUAAUUUCCUUUUGUAGGAGAGGUAUUCUCUCCCCCCACCCCCACAGUUUUAUUGAGAAAUAGUUGACAUGGUAUUCUUUUAAUUAAAAAACGGUCAACCAAAAAUGAAGAGAAGUUAAAGUGACAGCCAAAAAUAUGUAAACUUCCGAACCUAAAAUUCAGGGUUAAAAAGGAAUUAGUAACUUGAUUUUAAUGACAUAUGUAUGACAUAUAUGUAAUGACAUAUGUCCCUUGCAUAAAAAUUUCUGUGUGUAUAAAAUUCACAAAAUUAAAGUUGUGCCUUGCCAUAGAAAAAUUUUAUAGAGAUUUUUUACAGACCAAAUUUCUUUCACCAUAAUCGCGUAAAAUUAGAAAUAAGUAAAAGGUGACCAAAAUGUUUUUAAGUACAGUCACACGCCACAUAACAUUUCAGUCAACAACAGACUGCAUAUAUGAUGGCAGUCCUGUAAGAUUAUAAUGGAGCUGAAAGAUUCCUGUUGCUUAGUGAUGUCCUAUUGUAAUGUCAUAGCACAACACAUUGCUUGUGGGUUUGUGGUGAUGCUGAUGUAAAUAAACACUGAACUGCCAGUUAUAUAAAAGCAUAGCACUUAGAAUUAUGUACAGUACUUGAUAAUACUUGAUAAUAAAUGACUGUGUUACUGGCUUAUGUGUUUCCUAUACUUUUUAUCAUUAUUUUAGAGCGUGCUUUUUCUACUUAUAAAUAAAAAAGUUCACCAUGAAAUAGGAUGCUGUGUCAUGCCAGCAGCAACCUCAUACAUCUCGUGUUUACCAUGUGUCUCGACUGUAUCAUUUCCUCUUGUGCUUGGUUUAGUCUCAUGUUGUUUUGUUCAUCAUGGCCCCUAAGCAUACAAAACCCACCACUAAGGUUGCUGGUAAGAGGCCAUAUCAACUGAUUAACCUGGAAAUGAAAUUAAAAGUGAUUAUGGACCACGAAGGAGGAAAAUCAGUGAUGGUUCUUCCUUGCCAGUCAGACACAUCCCAUUCCACCACAGCUCCAGUCUUGAAAGACAAGAACAAAGUGACAGAAGCUGUUAAAGGAUCUGCUUCAUUGAAGGCAGUGAGACUCACACAGAUUUGAGAAGGGCCUAUGUCAGACGUGGAGAAACUUCUAAUGACCUGGACUGAAGGCCAGACACAGGAGCGUAUCCCUCUCAGCACCAUGACCAUCACGGCCAAAGCAAAAGGUUUGUUUGCAAUGUUGAAAGACAAGGCUAGAUCUGACUACAAUGUCGAAUUUGCUAUCUCUGGAUGGUUUAAACAAUUCCAGGAUGGUUAUUCAUUACAUAGUGUGAAAGUGAGCCAUGAGUCUGCAAGUUCUGACGGGAAGGCAGCUGAAGAAUUUUUGGAAUUCUAGCAAAACUUAUUGUGGAGGAAAGUUACUUGCCAGAGUAAAUAUUCAAAAUGGAUGGAACUCCGUAUUCUGGGAACAGAUGCCUGAAAGGGCUUUCAUCCAUAAGGAGGCCAAGUCAGUGCCAGGUUUCAAGGCUUUUAAUGACAGGAUAACAGUCUUGCUUGGGGGCAAUAUUGCAGGCUACAAAUUAGAACCCUUUGUGAUCUGACACACUGAGAACCCCAGGGUCUUUGAGCAUAUCAAUAAGCACACAAUGUUACUGGAGCAGUAAGAGGUCAUGGAUGACCCAGCUCCUCUUCCAAGAUGCCCUCCUGAAUUGCUAUGCCAGUGAAAUGGGGAAGUACUGUUUGCCGAAUAAUAUGCCUUUCAAGAUUUUCCUUAUUGUUGAUAAUGUUCCUGGACAUUUUCCUUUUAUUGGUGGUCUUCAUCCCAAUAUCAAAGUGGUGUUUCUCCCUCCAAACACCACCUCUGUGAUCCAGUCACUGGAUCAAGGAGUUAUAGCAGCUUUUAAGGCCUACAGCCUGAGCAGCAUGUUUUCCCAGGCUGCUGCUGCAACUGAGAAAGACACUAAUGCACUUCUGGAAGGAUGACAACAUCUGUGACUGCAUCAAGAACCUUGCUUGGGCUCAGGAUGAUGUCACCAAGGAGUGUAUGAGUGGCAUCUGGAAGAAGGCACUCAAGAGGUUUGUCCUUGACUUAGAAGGAUUUGCUAAGGAUGAGGAGGCUGUGGUUGAGAGGGCAAACAAUUUACCCUGGGUGUGGAUGCGGAUGACACUAAGGAGCUCCUAGAGGUGGUUCCUGAGGAAUUGACUAAUGAGUUGUUGGAACUGGAACAGGAAUGCAUAGCUAAGGAAGAGGGAAGAGAAAAGGAAACUACAGGAGAAGGAAAAGAAGAACCCCCAAGAAAAUGCACAGGGAAGGGUUUAGCAGAAGUUUCACAGACCUCAACAAGUUCCUGGAAAAGUCUGCAAACAUGGACCCCAACACUGAAAGGUUUUCAUUAAUAGAGAGGCAUGUUCAUGGUGCAUCAUCAGCCACAAGCAAAUCUAUGAUGAAUCAAACAAACAAACCGAGCCAACCAUCAUGGACAUAUUUCUGAAAAGAGUGGCACCUUCUCAAGAUUGGCCUCAGGCGCGUCCUUCAGGAGGCAUCCCAGAAGAAGGCUGUGUUAGCAUCGGAGAUGACAGCUCCAUGCGUGUCAGUGCCCCUGAAGACCUGCCAGUGGGACAAGAUGUGCAGGUGGGAGACGGUGAUGUUGAUGAUCCUGACCCCAUGUAGGCCUGGCCUAUUGUAUGUAUUUGUAUCUUAGUUUUCAAUUUAAAAGUUUAAAAAGUAAAAAAAUAAAUAAAUAAAAAUAGAAAAAAGAAGCAGAGAAUGAAAAAUGAGCAGAAUGUGGCUGAGCGCUUGGUUAUUGGCCUUGACAAAGGGAGUUUCUCAAUGUUUCACAAAGAUCCUGAGAAUCACAGCUGUGAGUACAGACGAGGAAAGAGUGUUGCAGGCCAGCACCAUCCCUAACCUGUCUGCAAAGGCCAGAAAGGUCACAAUUUGUGGGAGGCAGUGCUCUCUUUCAGUGUUUGUGUUCGAGGGCCUGGGUACUCCACACCGUGUUCCAUAUCUGAGAAAACAGAUGCACACACUUGGAGUUUCA